AUGAAAGCUAUAGGAGUCAAUUCAUAUGGAGCGGUCGAGAACUUGGUUGCCCAGGAAGUUCCCGAGCCCGAGAGUCCCCAAGGCACAUAUCUACUCGUCCAGUAUGUCACUACCCACGUCCAGUCAACAAGAUACCAGAAAACUAACAACCUCGAAGGGUAAAAGCAACUUCACUAAAUCCAAUCGACUGCAAAAUCCGACAAGGAAAAUACGACGAUGCUCCUGGUAUGUCAACAAAUCCCAAACUUUAAGCACAAGCGAGCCUAACCCCACCAGAUUAUUACGAACAUGUCCCUAAAGCACCACACAUCAUCGCCAUGGACGGAUCAGGAAUCGUACUCCAGACCGGUCCCGAGUGUACCCGCUUCCAGCCCGGCGACGAAGUCUUCUACGUCUCGAAUCCCACACUGCAAGGCGCCGCUUCGGAACUCCAACUCGUCGAUGAACAACAAUGCGGACACAAACCCCAGACUCUCGAUUUCGUCCAAGCAGCCGCGAUGCCUUUGACCUACGCCACCGCGUACGUCUCUCUCGUGGAAAGCCUCGGCAUCAAAAAAGGGGAGAAAGCCGCAAUCCUCAUUAUCAACGGCGCAGGCGGUGUCGGUGCAGUAGCAAGUCAAAUCGCACGUUCAGUUCUGGAACUGCCGGUUAUUAUUACGACCGCGUCGCGGCCGGAGACGGUGGCGUUUACGAAGAAGAUGGGGGCGACGCAUGUUCUUAACCAUCGCCAAGAUCUACAGAAACAAGUCAAAGAAUUGAAUCUUGAUGUUCCGAUCAAGUACGUCUAUAUCCUCGGCCGAACGGAGCAAUAUAUCCACGUCGUCGGUGAGAUUGCAGCCCCCUUUGCGAGGGUAUGUUCGAUCGUGCAGGCGGAUUUUAGUAUGUAUGGCACGAAGUUUAUGUCGAAAUCUAUGACUUUUGCGUGGUGUUGGUUGGGGACGAGGGCGUAUCAUGGGACGGAUGUGGGGUUUUAUGAGAAUAUCUUUACGGAGAUGAAGGAGUUGGUUGAUGGAGGGGUUGUUAAGUGUCAUCUUACUAAACGGAUGAAGUUUACGGUGGAGAAUCUAAGGGAGGCGCAUAGGCUUUUGGAGGAGGGGACGAUGUAUGGGAAGGUGGCUUUGGGGGUUGAUGAGGAAGGCGAGGGGGAGGCUUUUACUUGA